UUCACUUCAAGAACAACCCAACAAGCAUUACAUGGUAAUUAGAGGGCAACGGUUGUUCGUGGAAGCAGAGUCAUCAAUUCAGGUGAUAAUGGAGAAGUUGCAGUCUUACAAAACGAGGGCUGCACUUAAUUUUGAGAUGGAGUAUCUUCCCAUUUCCUCAUGGGAGACAUCACACCAGAUUAUGGGUGAAUUCUUCGACGUUUGGAAUGAAGCUAUUGGAACAAGAUCAUUACCAGGUCAUUUUGUGCACGUUGAACCAAAAUUUUCAGAGUAUGGACUCUCUGAUCAAUACACUUCACAGCACACAGCUGUACAGUAUGCUAUAGCACCAUGGCUGAAAUGAUAACAACUGCUCACAGGCAGUGAGAAAUUAGAACGUAGCAUAAUGUUCUGUUGACAGUAUAAGAUUUUACCCUUGGUACCUGCUGUAUUCCCAAUACAAAAAGACAUUAAAAGAAACUAAAGUGUUUUGUAAACCAGGUCAUUAUGAUGCUGCUACUGCUGCCUUAUAUAGAAAACUGACCUUAAAGACCUAAAUAGUAAGAAACGAAAGUGUUUCGUUGAUUUUAACCUUGGCUCAAGCAGCAUAGAGAUUACUGAUAUCCAGGAGUAUGCUUUCUGUAAAUUCUGUUGUACUCUUAAUGCACAUCUUAGUAUUCAAAUGUGCAUUCAGAUUCCAAUGUCAAUCUUAAUGAAAAAACAAAUAAGGUUGUAGUAUCCUUUGCUAGGUGCUUCCCAAUUAACAAUAUUGGUUGAUUGAAAUUUUUUUUUAAUCAUUGAUGAUAAUGUUAUAAUCAAUUCCAGACUAGUGUAAAUACGAAUAUCAGAUGAACAACUAGGUUGAGAAUGCAGCAGAUUGUUUCUGGCUGACAUGGUGGAGGAAGAAGGUGAGCAACUCAAGUCUUUAUGCCCAAUGUUUCUGGCUGACAUGGUGGAGGAAGAAGGUGAGCAACUCAAGUCUUUAUGCCCAAUGGUAAUGGCAUUGCCGGUGGUUCAUCUCCAUCAACUAUUGGGCAGCAAUUUCCGUAUUAUUAUGUUCGUGAUGCGGAGUUUCUUGGUGCACUGGUAAGUUCUAAUGUUGAAAAAUUGACUUGUCUUACUCCUAUUAACAAUUAAUGAAUGCUAUCUUCUCACAAAUGGAGGAGUACACACUUCUAAUAUCCAAGUUGGUUGUCAUUUUCUUUUUUAUUAACCUCUCAUAUUUAUUUAUCAAAUUUUUCUGUCCAUUUUUUUGUUUCUGUGAGUAGACAAUGGCCCUAAUUUAAGUUAGAAGUUGUAACAGAGCACUGUUUUGGGUGCUUAAUCCGAACUUAUAAGUUGCUUGAGUGUUAAAAAUUGAUCCACAUAACUUCAUUUGUUUUAACAAAAAAUUGAUCCCUAUUAUACCAUAUCUUAUCCAGAAGUUUCAAGCGAAACAUAAAGAGUCAAGAGUUUGUACAUUGGAGAAAUGAUCUAUACCAUUUCAAAUGAUCAAAAGCAUGAUUGAAAGAAGUAUAGGCUUGACUGUCUUUGAUCUUAACUGUCUUUGAUAUAAUCCUAGUCUUGUGUGCGUCUCUCUCUAUAGUUCUGUGUAUUUAUAGGAGCUAAACAUGCUUCUAUUCGUAUCAAUAGAUUUUCCUCUUCGUCCAAAACCUUUACAGGUACAUACCACACUCUAUAUCUUUUCAAUUUUAUUGGAUUUCCCUGAAGUGACAUUUGGUAUAUACACACACACAUACUAUAUAUAUAUAUGUACAAGUUAAAUGAUCUUAUCGCUCUGAAUCUCACAAAAAAAAAGAGGGUCAAGGAGGAGCAAGGACAAAAUCUACUUAGGACCGUUAAAAAAACUACUUGGAUAGUAAAAUAGUUAGUUGAUUAGUUCCAAAUAAAAACUUAUGCGGAUACAUCAAUUGUUCUUUUUUAUUGGUUGGUUUUCUUGGUAAUUAGUUUUAGAAAGUGCAGAGAAGUUUCAUGUAUUCUGAUUUAACUCUCCUCGGUCAAUCAUGGAAAAGAGGGGGAAGGUGAAAAAAGAUGAAAAAGAAAGGAACAAUAUUCGAAGAAAGUGGGAAGAAGGAUAGGAGAAGGAAAGAAAAAGCAAGUGAAUGGGAAAAUUGAGUGGAAAAUAAAAAGAAGAGAAAGGUAAAGGAAGAAAUGAGAAAAAAAAAAGGACGGUGAGAUGAAUUAGAUACCUUUAAUCAUACUCAGAAGACUCGAGUUCGAGAAACCCCCAAACAAGAAAUGCUUCCCCUUAAAUAGAUUUUAUGAGAGAUGAAUUUUGGUGAUUUGCGCAACUAAGAUCUUUAGAGCAUUGUUAAAUUUUGGCCUUGUUAAAAGAAACAGUGCAACAAUAAUAUUUCGUCAAAAUUUAGAGCAAAAUUCUGAUGGCUGGAUUUUUUAUAUUUGCGAUUUAUUUUCUCUUUCAUGAAAAUUCUGGAUCAUAUUUUUGUUUCAUAUUUGUUCUUUGAAGAUAGUCCUUGACCAAAAGCAAUGAGUAUGUUCCCCAUUAUUAAAGUGCACUUCUUCUCUUUUGCUUUUGCUUUUUCUUUUUCAGCAUUUGUGUCUGGAAAUCUAGACGAUUCGUCAGGAUUUGAAAAAAAUUUCAUCGAUCACCAUCCUUCCGAGUAAAUUCCUGCAUCAUUUAGGCCAAUGAAUUCUCAUAAAAGAUGCUUGAAAAAAAGGGAUGAGAAACUUGUAGGGACAAUCCUUGCUUUAAAAAUGAUUUUAAAAACCACCUUCUUAUAAAGUGAACCCCCACCCCCUUCCAAAGACCAAAAUCAAUCAGUCCAUUUAUUAAGUGUAGUGCUUCUUUCUUACACCAUUUCUUUGCUUUCUGUUUCAACUUGAAGAUAUCAAAGGUAAAUACUACUCAAUUUCUUUUAUUCUUCUUUUUUAUUGUAUUUGAUAAUAACAGACUGAAAACUUCAAUUUUUUAAACUUCAUUUGUAUAGAAAAUUAAACAUGAUUGAUUGUUCUUCUUUUUCAUUGUAUGUGAUGCCAAAUCUGACUGUUGAUCAGCUGAAAAAGGUAAAUGUUUGUGCUUUCUGUAAAAUAUCAAUGUGAUACUAUCUGACAUAUAGAUGCUUGGAAAAUUGUUUUGUCAUUUUAACUUUGCCUUUAUAAAUGUCAAACUUGCUGGCUAUGUUACUCGGACUCUUAAAAAAUGUCAAUGUGUCCGUCUCGGAUUCUCCAAAAGUAGUGUAAUUUUGAAGAAUCUGGCACGGGUGCGGCAUUGGAAGUGAAGAGGUCGCGCAACUUAGGUUGUUGGAUUAUUACAUUUAUUCCUUUUAUUAAGCCUCUUAAACAAUUAGGAGAGCUACAUUAGAUUCUUCCGGUUAAAAUAAGUAUGUACCUUCAAGUCCCUUGAAUUAACUCUAGACUUAGCUGAUGGAAAUAAAUUAAGAAACUCCUAGUAGGAAGUUUUUCCUUGUAGUCACUCUAGAAUUAGUUGAUGGAAAUAAAUUAAGAAACUCCUGGUACAGAGCAUUCCCCUUAAGUAGGCCCUACGUGAUGGGAAUUUGGAUUAUUCGCACUAAUAGGUUCCUAAAAUUUAUACUCGGGUUUAUAAUAGAUUUAUAAGAAACCAGGAAGAGUUAGUUGAGCAAUUGUUAUUUGUUUUGAUCGAGUGUUGUUACAAUAGAUUGGAUCUUUCCAGGAAUUUAUAUCUCAAUUUCGAGGAAGCUUGAGGUUGAAGAUAUUUUGAGCCGGGGGUCCAUCGGAAACAACCUUUAUACUUCUUUGGAGGUAGCGGUAUGGACUGCGUACAUCUUACCCCCGGACCCCACUUUGUGGGAAUACACUAGGUCUGUUGUUGUUGUUGUUGUUUGAGGUUGAAGAUAAACAAUAACUUUAGUCUAUAAGUUUUUAUAGAGAGUCAAAUUAAUUAGUAUAGACAUCAAGCUAACAAUAUUUAAUUAAUAAAGGGCAGCCCGGUGCACUAAAGCUACCGCUAUGCGCGGUGUCCGGGGAAGGGCCCCACCACAAGGGUGUAUUGUACGCAACCUUACCUUGCAUUUCUGCCAGAGGCUGUUUCCAAGGAUUGAACUCGUGACCUCCUGGUCACAUGACAACAAUGUGAUAUUGUCAAGUAUAAAACUGAAAUUGUUGUCUAAAAAAUAUGUUAACCAUAAAGUAUAAAACUGGCGGUAGAAUAAAAGGAGCAAUGUAUUUUAUUGAUUGUACACUGAUAUAUAUAGAUUCUAUACAGCUUCUACAGCAAGGAGAUAAACUAUGAAAAGGAUAAGACUUAUGAACAACAUGAAAUUAGUUACUUGACAUAAUGAAAAUCUAAAAUAAUGAUAAUUCAUGAGUAAUAUAGUUGAUAAAAUAAUAAUAUUUCACAGUAUUAUGAUUUUUUUACAGUGCUUUUCGGGAGAUCAUGGACACUUUUAUUGAGAAGGUAGUUGAUUUUGGAGUGACGAAGUUCAAAAGUAUCAGUGCCUUUGAUGAGAAUUUGGAAACUUUGAAAAGAAAUGUAAAGCAAUUAUCAGAUAAAGCACUCGAUGUGAAGACAGAGGUUGAGAAUCAAGAGCGAUUUGGGAAGAAGAAGAGGAAAAGAGAAGUUGAAUCUUGGUUUGAUGAGGUUAUCAAGAUUGAAGAAGAAUUACGUGAGUUAAGAGAAGAAGUGGCAAGACGGAAGAAAAAUGGAGGUGCUUUGGAGAAGAUGAAUGGAAGGGUUGGAGAACUUCUUGAGCAAAGUAAACAUUUUGGAGCACUCGUACAUGAUAUGUAUCAGCGCAAGGAGUGUCCGCCGCUGCUGGCACCGCAAGUUCAUGAGGCAGCAUCAAAACAAAAUUUAGAAGUGAUUUGGACGUGGUUACAGGCUGCGAACGUCUCGAGCAUCGGUAUUUAUGGUAUGGGAGGUGUUGGCAAAACGACUUUGGCAAAGCAUAUACACAAUCGUCUUGUUAAUGAGUAUCGUUAUCAAGUUCGUUGGGUUACUGUUUCUCAGGGGUUUAGCAUCAAAGGAUUACAAGAUGGUCUUGCCAAAAUUGUGCAUCUAGAUCUUUCAAAUGAGGAGGAUGAACAUAUAAGGGCGGGCCAAUUAAACCAGGCAUUCCAAGUAAGGAAGAAUAUUAUUAUCAUAUUGGAUGAUGUCUGGGAUCGCCUUUGCAUGGAGAAGUUGGGUGACCCUCUUGGUGUGGAAGGCUGUAAACUGAUUCUAACUACACGCUCGUAUGAAGUUUGCAAAAAGAUGGGUUGUCAGAAACUAUGCGAAGUGAAGAAACUCAAUACUUAUGAUGCUUGGGAUUUGUUCAGGAGGAGUCUAGGAUGCGAGACUGUGCUUAGUCCAGAUACCGAGCCAAUUGCGAAAUCCUUGGCAGGAAGGUGCAAGGGCUUGCCACUCGGUCUCAUCACUUUGGCGGGAAGCAUGAGAGGGGUGACUGAUAUAAGGGAGUGGAAGAACGCCUUGAUAGAAUUCCCGGAUGACAUGGAAAGUGAUGUCUUCAAGGUACUGCAGUAUAGUUAUGAUCGGUUGAGAGAUACAAAUAUGCAAGAGUGCUUCUUGUACUGUGCUUUGUAUCCUGAGGACGAUGUAAUUGACAGAGAUGAACUAAUUGGUCGAUUUAUAAUGGAGGGACUGGUGAAGGGAAAUAGUAGGGAAGAAGAGUUUAACCAGGGCCAUACCAUAUUGAAUAAAUUAGUCAAGCUCUGCUUUCUUGAAGCUAUUAAUGGCAGAGUAGAACGUGUAAAGAUGCAUGAUUUAGUCAGGGAAAUGGCAUUGCGGAUCACAAAUGUUAAAGCAAGGUACAUGGUAAGGGCUGGAAUAGGAUCAUAUGUGCCAGAGGAGCGAGAUUGGACAUUUGAUUUAAAUAGAGUGUCUUUUCUUAAAAGCUAUAUACUGGGAAUUCCUGAAGACAUGGCACCCAAUUGUCCCACAUUAUCAACCUUGCUUUUGUCUAAUUGUUAUUUGAGAAGGAUCCCUGAAUCUUUCUUUCGGCAUAUGAACAACCUCCAAGUACUCGAUUUGAGCUACAACUCGAUGCUUAUGGAUUUGCCGAGUGGCAUAUCUAACUUGGGAAGUCUUAGAGCACUCUCACUCCGAAAAUGUACACAGCUCAGAUUUAUACCACCACUGAGAAAGUUCAAAAAUCUGAGGGUGCUGGAUCUAUCUGGCACUGGUAUUAAGGAAGUACCUCAAGGCAUGGGAAGCUUAGUCAAGCUUAAAUGCCUCAAACUUCCUCUACGUGUGAAUGCACGAGGUGAAGACUUGAUCAGCUUAGCACUGCUCGAAGAAUUCGCAGGCCAAAUCUGCGAUUUGCAUAACUUCAACAAGUUCAUGAGAAGUCGCCAUAACUAUGAGAAAGAUUGGUGGUAUGCCAUAUUUGUAGGGCAAGAGAUGUCCGCAUCUCAUCAUCAUGACUUUGGAGAUAGUAUAUUGAAACAAAGAAGAGUGAUUGUACAAAAUUGCUCCAUUGAAGCAGGCCGAGGAGAAGCGCCAACAUCAAUUCUUCUUCCACAUUGCAUUGACAUUCUAGAGAUUACAAAGUGCCAUGGGCUGAAUAGCUGCUUGGUGGACAAUUUUCUGUCACACACUACGUCUAUAAGAGGCUUGACCUGCAGGAUCUCUCAUUGUGAUGACAUUGAAUGGAUUGUCAACGUGCCCUCUGGUAGAAAUACUACUACAGACCCACUCUGCAUAUGUUUCCAUAGUCUGACUCUUGCUUAUUUGCGAAAUCUUGUUGGUCUUUGUAAGGGAAAAAUUGCAUCUCACACCUUCUCGGGUCUAACAGAAUUAUGUAUCAGCUACUGCUAUAAGAUGAAGAAGCUGUUUCCACGGUCUAUCUUGCAGGAUCUCCAAAAUCUUGAGAAGCUUGAUGUAAGUUUGUGUGCUGAGAUGGAAGAGAUAAUAGCGACAGAGGAAGUGGGAAGUAGCCAAAGCAGAAAUCCCCAGCAGCACCUCAUUACAUCUACAACUAGUGUCUUUCCAAAGCUAAAAGAGCUCAACUUCGAUUACCUGCCUUUUUUGAAGAGAAUAUGUGAGGGGAAGCUGAUCUGUGAUUCCCUUGAAUCGAUGACCUUUCUCGGCUGCUCCAAGCUUAAGAGGAUGCCUUUCUAUACUCCAACUACAAAUAGCCAUCCUUUUCCAUUCCUCAGAAAAAUCAAAGUUCAAGAAAAAUGGUGGGAAACAUUGGAGUGGGACCAACCUCAUAUCAAGAACCUCUUACAACCUUUCCUAUAGCCAAGGUGCUCCAUGCUGUGUUAAAGACAAACAUUUGUUUUGUUUUGUUGUAAGACUCUUUACUAUUUUUUCACCUUCUUUUUUCUUUUUAGCCCAAAGAAAAGUUUCUUGUACUCUCCUCAAUCAUGUAUUCAGUUUGAUUUUAGGAAUAUAUAGCUAAAAGAUGCAUCCUGUGUGUUAUUU